GAUCCUCUCUUAUUUCAAGUCAUCUCUCAAUAACACUUACCCACCACUUAAACUAACUUCCUCUGCUAUACCUAUUACUACAUUACUACAGAAAUUUUCUUGUUUCUGUAGAACCUGCACUAUGGCUUCGGCUACUCUCUCUGUAGCCAAACCAUCCCUUCAGGGAAAUGGAAAGGGAUUCCAAGAAUUCUCAGGUCUCCGCAACUCAUCAGCUUUCCUUCCCUUUGCCAAGAAAACAUCUGAUGACUUUCUCUCUGUUGUUGCUUUCCAGACUUCUGCUAAAAGAAUUUUGACUGUGAAGGUUGGAAGCAACAAUGGUGGGUACAGGAAAACUGCAGCAGAGGCCAAGCUAAAAGUAGCCAUAAAUGGAUUUGGAAGGAUUGGAAGGAACUUCUUGAGAUGUUGGCAUGGGCGCAAGGAUUCUCCUUUGGAUGUGAUUGCCAUUAACGACACUGGAGGUGUUAAGCAAGCCUCUCAUCUCCUCAAGUAUGACUCUACACUUGGCAUCUUUGAAGCUGAUGUUAAGCCUGUUGGUGACAAUGGCAUUUCUGUUGAUGGAAAGGUCAUUAAGGUUGUUUCCGACCGUAACCCCGUCAACCUUCCAUGGGGGGAGUUGGGGAUUGACUUGGUGAUUGAAGGGACUGGAGUUUUUGUUGAUAGAGAUGGUGCAGGGAAACACAUUCAGGCUGGAGCCAAGAAGGUUCUAAUUACAGCUCCUGGAAAGGGUGAUAUCCCAACUUAUGUUGUUGGGGUAAAUGCUGAUGCUUACAAUCCUGCUGAGCCUAUCAUCAGCAACGCUUCUUGCACUACUAAUUGUCUUGCUCCCUUCGUCAAGGUCCUUGACCAGAAAUUUGGGAUCAUCAAGGGAACCAUGACAACCACUCACUCAUACACCGGUGACCAAAGGCUACUCGACGCCAGCCACCGUGACUUGAGGCGUGCAAGAGCUGCUGCCCUUAACAUAGUUCCAACUUCAACCGGAGCAGCAAAGGCAGUUGCACUUGUACUUCCAACUCUCAAGGGUAAACUAAAUGGCAUUGCAUUGCGUGUUCCAACACCAAACGUCUCGGUGGUUGAUCUUGUCGUUCAGGUAUCCAAAAAAACCUUUGCUGAAGAGGUAAAUGCAGCGUUCAGAGAAAGUGCAGACAAGGAGCUGAAGGGUAUUCUAUCAGUAUGCGAUGAGCCACUUGUUUCAGUUGACUUCAGGUGCACAGAUGUUUCAUCAACAGUUGACUCAUCCUUAACAAUGGUGAUGGGAGAUGAUAUGGUGAAGGUGAUUGCUUGGUAUGAUAAUGAAUGGGGAUAUUCUCAAAGGGUUGUUGAUUUGGCUGACAUUGUUGCCAAUAACUGGAAGUAGAGAGAUGUUUCUGCAAUAAUAUGUGAUUUUCUGAUUUUUGUGUACCUCGAUCAUAAUUUCUAGUUGGGUUUUUGGAUUUCUCUUUUUGUUAACAUUUGUAUAAUUAUAUCAUUAUGGAACCAUUUCGGCCUCUUCAUUUCUGUUGUGCAAUGAGCAUGAACAAUUUGUAUGAAUUUCAAAAAAUCCUGUUCACAAAUAA